UGACUUCCGGAUUUGAUCGAGCAGUUUUCAGUGUGUUUAUUAUUACUCUGUUUAAACUUCACUUUACCGCCCUUAUUUGUAAUUUACUGUUGUUUCCAGUGUCUGUUCAGAGCGGAUUUUAUUUCAGCUGUGUGUUUGGGAAUAUGAGCUGAAAUGCCGUCUGUGUCCACUCGAGUGAAGGAUUUGUAUCUGUCCACAUCACUGGGGGAUUUGAACAAGAAGGCAGAAGUCAAACCAGACAAAAUCAGUACCAGAAACUAUGUCCAGAGUGCGUGUAAGAUCUUCAAGGCGGCUGAGGAGUGUCGGCUGGACUGUGAUGAGGAGAAAGCUUAUGUGCUGUACAUGAAGUAUCUGACUGUUUAUGACUUCAUCAAGAAAAGACCGGACUUCAAACAGCAGCAGGAAUUCUUCCUGUCUAUGCUGGGACCAACUAGCUUUAAAAAAGCUAUAGAGGAAGCAGAGAAACUUGCAGAGAGUCUAAAGCUCCGGUACGAGGAAGUGGAAGUGCGCAAAAAGCUUGAAGAAAAAGAGAGAAAAGAGGAAAAGAGUCAAAGAGAAGAAAGGGCAGAGAAAGAUGGACGUAUUUCACCCAGACUACCAUCAGAAAAGAAGGAAAAUAAGAAGGUUAAAGAAGAACCCAAUAACAGUAAGAGCAGAUGUGAUAAAGGCAGUAUCAGUGCAGAGGGUUUAUUUCAUUUGAUGAAGGACCCCAGUAUCAGUGUGCUGGUGAUGGAUGCCCGGAGCAGACAGGACUUUGAGGAGUCACAGAUGUGUGUCCCAUCUCAGAUGUGUAUCAGUGUACCUGAGGAGGCCAUCAGCCCAGGGGUGACAGUGAACCAGAUUGAGGGGAAGCUACCUGCAGCGUCGCUUUGCGAGUGGAAACGUCGAGGGUUUGUGGAUUACCUUAUUCUGUUGGACUGGUUCAGCAGCGUCUCUGAUCUCAAACUGGGCACCACAUUGCAGAGCCUUAAGGAUGCUCUCUUUAAGUGGGACAGCAGUACUAUCCUGCGCAGUGAGCCGUUGGUGCUAGAGGGAGGAUAUGAUAACUGGCUGCUCUUUUACCCCAUGUACACCAGCAACGCUAAAGUCAAACCACCCAGACAGCAGAUGGCCAGCACACUGCCACAACUAAAUUUCACAUACCCUUCACUGGAAGAGCCCAAACCUGUGAUUGUGCAUGAAGAGCCUGCAGCUCCAGUGCAGCUCAAUGGAGAGCGCACAACUUUGUACAAGGAACCCACAACAGAUUACCCUGCAAACACACAAACACACACACCACUGCCACAGCCUGCUCCCCCCACAAGCAUAGACACUGUAACACCGCCCUCCGCCUCGCCCAGACACACUCCACAGAUCGAUCGCUCUAAGAAACCACCAGUGAAACUGUCUAGUGCAAAGGUCAGUGAUAAGCCUGCAGUGAACGAUAUCCCUGCGGAACACAAUGGACCGAUGAUGCCCGACCGCUCCAUCAAACCCAACCUGGACCCAUCCAAAGCUCUGAGCGAGGAGGAACGCAGGGAGAUCCAAGCUGAGACCCUCAGUCUGAUGGAGAAGGCUCGUAAAGAACAGGAACAACGCAAGCGAGCUCAGGAGGAGAUGAGAGAGGGAGAACAGCGAGCCAGAGAAGAGAAGGAACACAGAGAGACAGAGGAAAGACGACAGAGAGAAGAGAACGAGAAAAAGGAAGAGGAGAAACAGCAGGAGAGAAAGAAACUGGAGCGAAAGACUGCAGAAGAGGAGGAUCAUGGAGAAACCGAGAGAGACGAGAAGAGCAGAAAAGUGCAAAAGGACAUUGCACUGGAUGCACAGAUGAAGAGCAUGUCACUGGAUUCACACGUACAUUUCAGCACUGUGAACGACAACAAGAGGGAGCUUCUGACACGAGCACGCAGUGAGGAAAUGGGCCGAACUGUACCUGGGUUACCUGAUGGCUGGAUGAAGUUUCUUGAUACUGUGACGGGCACCUAUAGAUAUUACCACUCGCCCACCAACCGCGUGCAUCUCUACCCUCCAGAGGUCAACACACCUCAAAUCCCACCCAGCACACUUUCCACACCCAAAGCCAAGCCGCCACAACCUGCAGAGACUGAGAAAGAGAAAGAACAUGAGCGGGAGAGAGAGAGGGAGCAGUCCAAACUGAAACGAUCAUACUCGUCUCCUGAUAUCAGUCAGGAGCUCAAUGCAGAAACAAGCAGGAAACCUGCAGCUGUACCUGCAUUUAACAGAGAAAACAAGCCUCUGACUGCAGCCACAUAUGCUAAGGUCGAGAUUGCACGCCCGUCUGCGGCUAAGAUCCGGAAUUUAAAUCCAGUGUUUGGGGGUCAGGGCCCAUUAUUAACAGGCCUUCGUAACCUCGGCAACACCUGCUACAUGAACUCCAUCCUUCAGUGCCUGUGUAACACUGUUGCCAUGGCAGAAUAUUUCACCAGGAAUUACUAUCAAGAGGACAUUAAUCGGGCAAAUAUUCUGGGUCAUAAAGGUGAGGUGGCUGAGGAGUUCAGUGUCAUUAUGAAGGCGCUGUGGUCGGGACAGUACAAAUGCAUCAGCCCGCAGGAUUUUAAAGGCACCAUCUGUAAAAUCAACAACCGCUUUUCAAGCUACGAGCAUCAAGAUUCACAGGAACUGCUGUUGUUCCUCAUGGACGGACUGCAUGAAGAUCUCAAUAAGGCGAACAAACGCAGAGGUUAUAACGAAGAAGACAUCGAUCAUCUGGACGAUGUGAGCGCUGCGGAACUGGCCUGGUCUAAACACAAGCUACUGAACGAGUCCAUCAUCGUUGCUCUGUUUCAGGGCCAAUUUAAAUCCACAGUUCAGUGCAUGAGCUGCCAACACAUGUCACGUACAUUUGAGACCUUCAUGUACCUCACGCUGGAGAUGACGUCCAGCAGCAAGUGCUCUCUACAGGAUUGCUUAAAGCUGUUUUCGAAGGAGGAGCGUUUGACGGACAGUAACCGGUUCUACUGCCGACACUGCAAAACACACAGAGACGCCAUCAAGAAAAUGCAGAUCUGGAAACUUCCACCAAUUUUGCUAGUGCACUUGAAACGAUUUAAAUACGACGGCCGGUGGCGAGAAAAGCUCCAGACAUUGGUUGAUUUUCCGCUGGAUAAUCUGGACCUAUCGCAGUAUGUCAUUGGGCCCAAAAACAACCUGAAGAAAUACAACCUGUACGCUGUGUCUAAUCAUUAUGGCGGGCUGGACGGUGGUCAUUACACAGCAUACUGUAAGAACCCGCUGAAGCAGCGCUGGCACAAGUUUGAUGAUCACGAGGUGUCUGACAUCUCCGCCUCCUCCGUCCGCACAGCAGCGGCUUACAUCUUCUUUUACUCCUCCUUUUGAGGGAAACAAACCGGUCGUCACCAUGGUGACCAGAGGUGAUUGACGCAUGUUUGAAUUGCAACUGCGUGAGGACUCGCAGAAACUUCUGUUAAGGGAACAUGUCUCUCUCUCUCUCUCUCUCUCUCUCUCUCUCUCUCUCUCUCUCUCCCUCUCCCUCUCUCGCGCUCUCUCUCUCUCAGUGGUUGGUACCGCAGUGUCCUUUCUGUAGGACUGUAGCGAGGUGUGAACACAGACUCAGGUCUCACUCGCACAUAAGAGUGUCUUUCUGCUUCCUAAACUCAUGGCUGGACUGGUCAUUAAGCAGGACCAGUAUGCGAUUUAUACGUCUAUACACACACACACUAUAAUCCAAACAGCUCAUCAGGCAUGCACACAUGUUUUAUUUAUUUAAAUAGUGACCAAAUAUUUCCUGCAAAAAUGCAGUACGUGUCUCUGGCCAGGUGUUGCCGGAUCCGAAGUAAACAACAAGACUCUCGAUAAGAAACAACUAAAAUCCCAUCAUCACAACUAAGGGUUUGUUUCUGACAUUCUCAUAUAAACAUUUAUCAUAUGACAUUACUCAGAAACCAACUUAAUCGCAGUCACAAUAGAGCUGUUAUGGUUGUAGUCCAAAAACCAGGAAGGGAAUUGGAAUUUUUGAGCCAUAGAUUUCCUUUGGGUUUUCAUAUGGGAUUUAAUUAUGCCAGUUUUGUAUUUAUAAGUAAAAUAAGGUCUGUGGUAAACAUUGUUAAAAGUACUUGGAUGUUUUGUUCUACAAAAUAUAUUACACACAGUCAUACCUCAAAUGAUAAUUUUGAAGCCACCGUGUUUUUUAACUUGUUAACAAGUUGCUAGAGAGAACUACAAUGGUUUUACAUUUCGUCAGGUACAUGUACUCACAUGCUUGUGGUAUUUGUAGUCCUUAUCUAGCAAGAUGCAUAUUUUAAAAACAUGGUAGCUUUAAAAUAAACAUUUGAGGGAUGAUUGUUUGUCAUUUAUGUUGUACAUCCAAACAUCCCAGUAUAUUUAAGUAAUUUAUACUACAGACCUCAUUUCACUCAUAAAUUAUAAAAACCCAUUGGAAAAUCCAGAGGGAACCCAUGGUGAAUUAGACUUCAGGGUUCGCCAAAAAAUGUAGGUCAUGGCUGAACAGCUCUAAUCACACACAUACUUAACUGCAGUUAAAAUGUAAUUAUGUUAAGGAGUAAAGUACACCUGUGGGCCCAAUCCUAUAGUUUUCAUUGGUCUUUAGGAGAGUCAAAGGUGAAUCUCAUAAAGGAGUUGUCCAGAAGUCCAGAUCAGAUUUCACCCUUAAAGGGACAGUUCACCCAAAAAUGAAAAUUCUCCCAUAAUUUACUCAACCUCAUACCAUCCCAGAUGUGUAUGACUUUGUUUCUUCUGCUGUACACAAAUGAAGAUUUUUAGAAGAA